CCCAAAAAGUUUUUGCAGGUGUGUUGAAGUGUCUGACGUCGUCAUUUCGGUAUCUAAAAGUCUGAAACGUAAUGCAUAUGCGUUGUCGGAGUAUAAGGGUCGUUUACCAGCACGACGCCAUAUUGAAAGGAGCAGGUGCUUUGAUAGAACUACGGAAUUGCUCCUGGUGACAGAUGGCGAGUUCUUCUCUCCCCCACCACCACCGCCGCCACCACCACCACCCCACCCACCCCAGGGGGAAAGCCAGUCUCUGUGAAUGCGGCCGCAUGUCAAUCACCGGCUCUCAUGUGAUGGCUCUUGCCAAUGACGUGCCAGCCAUAUGGGCCUGGCAUCACAGCCUGCGAUGCAACUCACCCGUGCAGUCCUCCCUCCACGCGUCUGGGGCUGCAGACAGAGGCAGGGUGGCCGCAGAGGAGGAGAAGGAGGAGGAGGAGGGAAGAGGAGAGGGAGUGAAGGUGGACUCGGAACAAUGUUGAGCCGUCUGUUCAGUGAGGUUCUGCCGGACGUUCAGAGGCUCGCGGCGGACUGGACCGAGGACAAAGACAGCGUGGACUGCAAGGUCAAGGUGGAGUCUGGCCACCUGGCAGGGGAGGACGAGAUGGACGAGCCGCGGGGGGGCAGCAGUCGAGCCGAGUCCGAGAUGGCAGGCGACGACGACGAUGAAGAUGAGGAGGAGGAGGAGGAAGAGGAGGACGCGGAGGAAGAACAGGGCGAGGACGGGGACGAGGGGGGCGGGGACAAGCCCAAGAAGCGCGGCCCAAAGAAGCGCAAGAUGAGCCCGGCCCGGGUGGAGCGCUCCCGGGUGCGCAGAAUCAAGGCGAACGCUCGGGAGCGGACGCGCAUGCACGACCUGAACUCUGCCCUGGACAACCUCCGCAAGGUGGUCCCUUGCUACUCAAAGACCCAGAAACUGUCCAAAAUCGAGACCCUACGCCUGGCUAAGAACUACAUCCUGGCCCUGGGGGAGAUCCUCCGCAACGGGAAGCGCCCCGACGUGGUGAGCUACGUCCAGAUGCUGUGCAAAGGCCUCUCCCAGCCCACCACCAACCUGGUGGCCGGGUGCCUGCAGCUGAACAGCCGCAACUUCCUCACCGAGCCGGACUCUGCGCGUUUCCACAUGCCGGGAUCCCCUUUCUCCGUGCACCCCUAUUCCUCCUACCGGUGCCGUCUGUCCAGCCCCGGCUACCAAGGCGCCGGCACCAACCUGCGACCACACUCUUACAGCACCGGCUACGAAGCGGCGUACCCCGCCGGAGCAACGUCCCCGGACUACAUCAGCCCGGACUACGAGGGUCAGCACAGCCCCGCGGGGCCGGGCUGCGUGGCCGGGAAGCAACAGGAGUGCGACGUGGAACGGAACUAUCACUACUCCAUGCAUUACUCCGGACUCAGCGGUUCCAGAUCCGGUCGAGGUUUGACGUUUGGCCCCUCGGGAACCCGGGAGAACAUUCCCCCCUUCCAGGAGGGCCCCUACGAGGACCUGGGCGCCUUUUUCCACAACUAAUGACAAUCCUUACAUGAACUUCCUUCAAAUGUUCUCCUGUAAUCUGAUUACUGCUCCUAUACUGUUUGUGCAUUGUGCAGUAUUGUGUGUACAAAAUACCGACAACACAUGUAAUAUGACUAAAUACACGAAUAAAACACAAAGAUGUUUUAGAAUUGUCUGAUAUGAUCCAGCAUUGCACUCACUCUCCAAAAAAAGGUUCCUCGUAAAUAUGAUUAUUUUUAAUAAAUUAAAUUUAGCAACCACCAAAAUAUUUAAUUGCAAUUUACUAAGAAAUAUAAACUUUUUAAAGAUUAAAAAGUGUCAAAAGGAUUAUUGUCAUUGUCUAAAAC